AUGGAACAUGCCUUCAACACCUUCAACGCAGACCCGGCACGGGCAUCUGAACAUGGCUUGGGUUCCCCGCGCAGAGAACACGGUCAAAGCCAAGUGCCAGGACAAUCAGCUCUCCAGAAUAGGGAGGAUUCCACACCGGGUCCGCCUCAAGCACCCGUGAACUUGUCAGAUGCAUUAGAACGACAAGCGCGACAAGGAGACAUGACAGGAAUGACCCCUUCGGGCAAUUUUCAUAAGACUGAUGGGACUGAAGGGACAGACACACAGCCGGCUCAUAGUCUUCUCGACAACCCACCUAAUGUGUCCAGGAUUCGAAAGCUCCUAUUUGACUGCAAGGACCCCUUCGAAAUCAGUCACGAGGAAUUCGAGACGUACUGGCCGUUUAUCGAUAAUGUAUGGAUUAAGCAAAGGUCACAUACAAAUAAAGAAGGUCAUUGUACGACCGAUUACUACAUGUGUCGACUACGACGUCCAACUCAUCGCCCUUCGGAGAGCCGGCCAUUGCCCGAGGGGAAGCGAACACGGAAGAAACGCUCUCGAGAAGGCGGAGCCUGCAAUGUUCAGAUCAAGGUCGCACGAUCUGAAGGUGCAUAUUCUACAGUCACCAUCUCAAAGACCCGUGGGAGCAGCAGCAGUCAUACUCAUGAUCUCGACUAUAGUGACAAUCUCAAAAGGAACUCAGCGCUUAUGGAGUUCAUCUGGAAAGAGGCUAUCAAAGGCUAUCUACCGUCAUCUAUAUUUGCCAAAUUUCAGGAGGAACCGGCAAAGCUCCAAGAAGCUGGCGGGCGAUUCAUGACCAUUACUGACGUACGCAACGUUUCAGCGAAGUGGCGUAUACAGAAUCCCGAGGUGACGCUUCGUGCGCAUGAAGGAUAUGUACUUCGGAAGGGAACAGGCAUUCUUAAACCCUCCAGAGCCAAUAGAAGCCAGGGGAAUUCUCAGCCCCUGACGCAGUCUUCGUCCACGCCGGCACUACCGCCGGAUAUCCUGUCGUUCCCUCAGUUCUCGCUAGACUUCCUGGAGCCCUAUCUUCCCCAGCGCCCUGAGCAAUCCAAAUCAUUUACAGGGCGGCCCUCGAAGGGAAGAACAUUCCCUCAUAUCACGCUUUCUUAUGCAUCAUCCAUGGACUCCAAGGUCUCUCUGCGGGCGGGAAUGCAGACAGUCCUUUCCGGGCCUGAAGCAAAGCUCAUGACCCACUAUCUCCGCUCUCGCCAUGACGCAAUUCUCAUAGGAGUUGGAACUGUUCUUGCUGACAAUCCUGGACUGAAUUGCCGCUUGGAGGGGGCAGGUGGGUUCGGGGGCUUGGGAAGGAUGUGGCAACCUCGGCCAGUGGUAAUCGAUCCUACUGGAAGGUGGCCUAUCGAGCCGGAUUGCCGUAUGCUUCGAACCGCCGUGGAAGGCAAAGGUAAAGCCCCGUGGAUUGUGGUGUCACCCGGGGCAGAGAUUGACCCUCAGAGAUUAUUGAUGCUCAAAGGUUACGGCGGGGAUUAUUUGCGUAUUGUGGAACAUAAUCAUCAAUGGCGGUUGCGCUGGGAAGUCAUUCUCCGCGCUCUCGCUUCUGAAGGCAUCAAAAGUGUCAUGAUCGAAGGCGGUGGAACCGUUCUGAGCGAGCUUCUUAACCCAGAAUACUCCAAUUUUAUCGACUCGAUCAUUGUCACCGUGGCGCCGACAUACCUCGGCCGCGGCGGAGUUAGUGUGAGUCCAGACUCCAAACUCGACCCUGAAGGCAACCCUAAUGCAGCCUUGAACCCCCGCGAUGUCAAAUGGACUCCUCUCGGACAAAAUGUUAUUAUGUGUGGGAAAAUACGUCCCCAGCACCUGCCAGCGGAGAUUCCGCCGGCGCCAGAAUACGCAGCGUAG